CAGGAGGGACUAAUGCAUAUUCAUGACUGACUACUUGUUUGUCACUUCCUCUUAUCAGAGGAGCUGUAGAUUAUCAGAAACUUCCUGCAUGUCAUCACUUAGCAUAUUUACUGCAGACUGUUUGGAUGCAGAGGACGACACAUCAGACGCUGGUGUAGUGAACUCAUUCAGGUGUUGCAGCUUUCAAAGGUUUGACUGUGAAGGAUGGAAGAUUUACACAUGAACAACACCUACGACUAUUAUGAAAAUGUUGAGUUCGUCCUACGUGUGCUGACAUACAUCAUCGUUGGUGUCGGCCUUCCUUUGACCCUCGUGGCCAUCUAUGCUCUUUUUUCUCAGGUGAGAAAUGGUCAAGUUGCUCCGAUCUACGUCAUCAACCUUCUCAUCAGCGACCUCAUUCAGUUCUGCUGCUUCAUCAUUGAGUUGACAUCACCUGAGGGUUGGAAGAUGCAGAUUGCAUAUUUUAUUUUGGAUUUUGCUGUAUCAGCCAGUGUCGGCUUCAUGGUGUGUGUCGCCCUGGAAAGGUAUUUGGUCGUCGCCUGGCCACUGUGGUACCGCUUCAGACGAACCAUCAAGACCUCUGUGGUGGUCUGUGUCCUGGUCUGGGUCAUUCCGACUGUCUCUCUCCUCACUUUAUAUUUCUUGGUUGAUUUUAAGGUCCUGUUAAGCAUCUGCGCCAUCUACCUGCUCCUUCCCUUCCCACUGCUCAUAUUCUUCCUGGGUGGGACCCUCAAAGCUCUGUCUGCCUGCACUGUCCCCUCUGAUGAAAAACGAAGAAUUGUGGGAGUUUUGGUUCUGGUGUUGCUUAUUUACACACUGCUGUUCAUGCCCAGAAUCAUCUCUUUCCUGGCAAUCAGUGACAACCAUUACAUCAACAACCUGUCUUUAAUGUUACUCAGGUUGAGUCCUCUUGCAGACUUAUUCCUGUAUGUGUUCAUGAGGAAAGGGAUCAUAGACAAGCUUUUGGCCUCUGUGUGUUGUUGCAGAAUGGACAGCAAUGAUAUCAGCAGAUCACCAGGAAAUGAUGACAACAUUCACACAGUCAGCUCUGUGUAGGCAGAGAAAGAGGGAGAGAGAGAAAGGAGAGAAAACAGAAGGAGAAAUGUAGGCAAAUAGAAAGAAUAGAGACAAGACAGAUACUGUCAUCUACUGAUACGAUUUCCAAUCAGACACCUAACUGUAGAUAAAAGGAAGCAUUGCUUUGACUCUGCUGUGGGAGAACUGGUUGCUGGGAAAUGUUUUGGUCAACUUGUUCUGGUUCACUGUGAAGGCUUCAACACAUGUAAAUAAAAUAUGUUUCUUAUUAUUUUGUCAGCUGUAAGUUGAUGUCUAUCAUUAUUAUCUUUAUGUUUUGAUGAACUGAGCUCAUUAUAGCCACCAAAAUCUUUAUUCUGACUGUUGUCUGUUUCUUUAACAGGGAGAGCAUCUUAACAAGUCUUUAGGACUUUUUUCUUCUUUGGUCUCUCUUUAAAUUUCAUUUCUUGUUCAGUUUUUCUCAGUUAUAUCUAACGUACAUCUAUCCAAAACUGCUUUUGUUUUUGCUGCAUAUUAUUUGUUCAUCUUUAUUUCAUAUUUUUGCUGUUUUAGUGGUUGGCAUGUUAGUUUUUAGGAUGUGACUCAGAGCAUGUAUUUGAACAGUUCUUGUGUGUUUUCAAUAAACACUUUCUACUGAU